CGCGAUGGACGCUGGGAUGAGGGCUGCGGGCGCUAUUGUUGCCGACAAGGCUGAAGGAGCCUGCUCGCCUGAGCGAGCUCACAAGACGUUAAGUAUAAAAACCAGGUCAGUGGGGACCAAUACCCAAGAGGCUGAAAGAGCCAUUGAGUCAAACUACAUGGAGCCAUGUCAACCAGGAACAAGCGUAAAUUUGGAGGGGAUCGUGUGGCAUGAAACUGAAGAGGGGGUUCUUGUGGUGAAUGUCACAUGGAGAAAAAGGACCUAUGUGGGAACUCUCUUAGACUGUACCAAGCAUGACUGGGCCCCACCUCGGUUUUGUGAGUCCCCAAUGAGUGAUUCUGACAUGCCAUGUGGGCGUGGACGUGGUAAACGGAUGCGAUUGGCAGUGUCAGACCAGCCUGUCGUAGAACCUGGUCUCUCCAAGAUAAGAGGGCUAACACAUAAGAGGCGUGGUGUGGGAAUAGGCAACAAAGGCAGGCGAGGAAGUCUAAAUCUUAGUACCUGUAGGACUCCUGCGUACUAUUCAGUGGAGGACAUAAAGUCAAGUCCACUCAUAUGCGGCAAAAGAAAAGGCAAAGCCCCUGCUGAUCUAGAUUUAAGCUUAGUUGCAGAAGAUGUUAGGAAUGGAAACGGGAAACGAAUACGUGCCAAAUCCAGGAGUGCGCCUUCCACUCCGCAGGGGAAAUCAGACCCAGCGUUUCUGGACCAAGUGUGUGCCUCUCCGAUGCUCAUUGAUUGCCCACACCCUAACUGCAACAAGAAAUACAAGCAUAUCAAUGGGCUACGGUACCACCAAUCACACGCACACUUGGACAGUGAUAGCAAACAGGAGUUCGAGGCAGAGAGUGAGGACAGGCUCUCUGAUUAUGAAGAACCCCUCAGUAAUGUGGCUUUUGACUCCUCUGAGAAUCUUGAUAUUAUGUCCAAGAAGCCAAGAACCAUGUAUAAGCUCAGUUCAGGUGGAUCUCCAAAGAGCAGAAAAUUGUUGCUAAACAGUGAACACAGUCCUACAGCGAACGCUAAGCCACGGAGGAAUAUGGUAGGUAAAGAGGGACCCAUUGACGACUUGAGCAACCUGCCACUUAUUUCAAACAUGUCUGUGGUCCUUGAGAACUGCCUCAUCACGGAUCGCAACUCAUCUGUGGAAAUGCCUAAGCUUGAAGCUGAGGGUGUCAUUGAUAAGAGGGAAGUUAAAAAAGAAAAUGAAACUGCUGAAAGGUGCUCAGCCAAAGCUAGGGCUAACAGACUUAUUGCUAAUACCCCUGCACCCCCAAAGCUUAUCGCCAUUCCCACGACAUUUCCUACCAAAAUCACAGAUGGCUCAUUUCAUCAACCUUCUCCAACUGUUACUCUCACAAAAGCUAAGAACCUUUCACUGAAACCUAUCAAGCCAAAGUUGGACAUUGUUGCUCAAGUUAACAUGGCAAAUGCAGCCAUAGUUUUAAGCAAAGAAAGUAAGAGAAAGGAUAAGCACAGAUUAAAGGACAGAAACUGUAAAGACCCCAGAAGUCCAAAAACAGAUCCUGUUUUCACAAAAGCAGAUGAUACAAAAAGUAUAGGGAAGGACUUUCCGGUUAGCCUGUUGAAAGAGCAUUUGAGCAAGCAAGACGUUGUCAAUGGUCCGAGUGAAAGUCAAGAGAGUCGAAUGGCAAGUAUCAGAGCUGAGGCUGACAAGGUGUACACUUUCACUGACAAUGCCCCCAGUCCGUCCAUUGGGAGCUCUGCAAGAAUGGACCCUGGCACACUGUCAAAUGGAGAUAGUAAUACAACCAAGACAAACAGUCCAGCAUACUCAGACAUAUCUGAUGUGGCUGAAGAUGGUGGAUUAAAUUCAAGAUCCAGAAGAAACUCAGCUCCUGAUUCCAAUCUGAAUGGAAAUAUCAAUCCCAAGAUACCCUGCCCAAUUACCCCCGUCACUGCAGCCCAGUCGUCAAGUCACAGCCAUGGAUAUGAGUCUUAUGGUCUUCCGGGUUACAUGCACUCUGGCCAAAGCAACUCUGCUGCUUUCCUAAAGGUGUCCACACCUUACAGCAGAACCAAGGAGGACGCAAGAGACUUAAACGAGGACCUGAAAAACUCAGAAUCAAGUGCAGAUGCCAGUUCUCAAUCACAGCUUCAAUUAGCCAUGACACAAACGCAAACUGCUUUAGCUCAGUCCUUGUACUAUGGACAGUACACUCGUAACGUCCCCGCGGACCAGAAGGUUUUGAUAGUUCCAAACACCCACCGACAGCAGAAUGAGACAUGCUGUGAUGAUGUGCAAUACAGCAAACAGAGUAGAGUGCAAGCAAGACGAGGACCUGAGCAGAAAGAGCGGACGAAAGAGGAUACAAAACAGAUGAUAACAUCGUCUGUGGCCAUCCACAAGGGAACAAACUCGGUUAAAAUCAGCUGUGCAAAGCCUGGUUUCAUCUACGUAGAGUUGGACAAGCAUCAGCAGCCUCAAGCGAAGUCUUCUCUUAUGUCAAUGGCUAAAGAUCAGGGGCAUAACAAGGAGUCUGAAGACUUCAACCCAGAAAGUCAAAAUACAAAAACAAAUGUGGACACAAAUGUAACAUAUCUAAAUGCUUCAGAAUCACAGUCCUGGAGCCACUCUUUUCAGUCCAAAUAUGUGAAGCAGCAAAAUCAAGAGGUAAACAAGGUCUCUCAGGAAAUAGGCCCAGACAAGGUGAAAGACUGGCGUGUGCCUCCCGAUCCAGAGUCCAGACUGGAGGCUGAGCUUCAAAAUGUAAAGUGUGAGACACCUUCUGAGGACAUGGAAGAGGGCACCAGAGCAGAGGCAGAAGAGAUGCCCAGCGAAACCUCUGAAGACUCGCAGAGUAUGAGAGUGGCAGUAUCCUCUUCUCAACAAUCGUACAUUCAGUACCAGCACUCCUAUCCGUACCUACACUUAUGUGAGGCAAACAACUCUUCUUUUAGGGUGAUGUCACCAGCACUGGUGCACAACUACCCAGGUUUCCAUUACCCUCUGUAUGGGAAGACAGCGGGCAGAGAGGACUCGGAAGGGACACAGAACAGCAAGCCAGUUACUGACCCAACAGCCCUGGAGCUGCUGCCCCAUCACAACCUUCCAUACCAUGGCAAAUCUCCUGUGCCUGGGGAGCGGGGAUCUCCAGAUGAGGACAGGGAGACAGAGCAAGAGAGAGAAACCGUUCCAUUUGCGCACCACCUUCACACGCACCAUCACACUCAUCUGGGCAUGAGCUACACUCUUGUGUCGGGGCAAUAUGACCCAUAUCAAGGUCUGAGUACGGCAGCCCUGGUUGCCAGCCAGCAAGUGGCAACCACACAGACCACUUCCUGUGGUAUGUAUGGCCUUUAUGCAUGACUGGAAAUAGCCCCUGUCUGUUUACUAGGGGAUUUGUGAAUACUGAUUAUUCAUUUUACAAUUGCAGAAAAUGAUGGGAAGAUGUGAGUCCAAACAACAGGUUCCUGGCUCACACAAGGAUUCAUAGACAUCAAUUCCAUGGUGUUAUUCAUUGCCUCCAUGGGAGGCAGAAACUACUUUCUUUUUUUAAUUAAUGAAUGUAACAUUAGAGGAACAAUGCAGUGCUAAUAAUAUUAUGGAACGAUGUAUAGGUAUCUAAUGGUAUCGCCAUAGUGAGACAAGGCUUUGUAAAAUAGGCUAUUUGCUUUUUGGGUGCCUGUCAUUAAAGACAAACAUGUAAAGCUUUCUGUAAUAGGACUUUGCCUGUAAAUGGCUGCAUCUAGCUAGUUGUAUGCACAUGUAUCGUCGUGUACCAUAAUAUUGAAUGUAUUUGAUAUUUCAUGACCUCUGUGUGGUAAAGGAUGAUUUGCAGUAGGUUACAAGUGACUGUAAGGUGGAUCUGUCUGCAUUAACCUAUUAACAUGAAUAUACUGUUAUUAGCCACAGCCAUUAACUGAUUGUAUCGUAUCAAGUGAAAGGAGUUAAUCGACACAUCUCAGUGCCAUAUAGUAUUAUUGUGAUGUACAUUUUGUACAUAGUUAACAAAGCUUAACAGCAGAUAUUACUUGCUUAUGUACAGUUGUUUUCAGUGCAAUGUACGGUUGUCUAUUCCACCUCACUUACAUGGCAAAAGUAGUCCUCCCCUUGUUACUUGAAUAGUGCUGCAUUACUUAAAUAUGUUUACAAGUACAUCUUUGGAAAAACAAGUCAGUGUUGUAGUUUGGUUCGUCCUUACUGUCAUUAGUUUUUUCUUGAUGUCAACUAUACAGUACCAUGAAAUUACAGUUGCUUUUUAUACUGUUCUUGCCUUAACACAUUUGUCAAUCCAAAUAAAAAGUAAAGGUUGUUUGUAAA